CUUUUGAACCACUCUAGUGGCAGUAGGUCGACCUCAUGUCUGCCAGUCGAAAAUUGCAGGCGACCAUUGACGUUACUUUGAAGAAAGUCGAUGAAGGAAUUGAUGAAUUCCAACAAGUAUGGCGAAAAGUGGAAGAGAGCCAAAAUCAAAACCAACGGGAGAAAAACCAAAUGGAUUUGAAAAAGGAGAUCAAAAAGCUUCAACGGUUUAGAGAGGAUAUUAUGAAGUGGAUCAAUGGAACGGAAGUGAAGGACAAGGGGAAGCUCACUGACGCUCGACGCAAGAUUGAGGUCGAAAUGGAGCGGUUCAAAGAGUUUGAGAGAGAAAGCAAAACUAAACCAUUUAGUUUCAUCGGCCUACAAGCUCAGGAUAAAGUCGACCCUGCCGAGCAGAAGAGGAUGGAAACUCGCAGUCAAUUGGAGUCUUAUGUGGAUCAGCUGAAGCAACAGAAUGACGAGUAUACAGCGGAAAUGGAGAAAAUCAUGGGUGAGGGCGGCCGGGAGAAGGCGGGGAAGAAAAGGAAGUCGAAGGGCUCCAAGUUGAGCUCCGCUGAGUCCACAAGGGUCGCCGAAUUAAAGCUGUGGAUCGCGAGGCAUCAGUGGCAUCAGGCCAAGUUGGAACAGUUGAUACGCAAAUUGGAUAAUGAGGAGGAGGUUGACUACGACGAGUUGGAGAUAACUGAACAGGCGCUAGAUUACUAUCUUGAGGAGCAUGAGAAUCCUGAUUACUAUCACGACGAGGAGUUGUAUACCAACCACAACUUGGAUGACAAUCGUAUUAAUGCUUAUACUAAGCCUAUUGAUGUUGAUGGUACUGAUAAUGGUGAUGGGGAACCUACCGACACGCAGGAGUCACAGGAGAGUUCUGAUGAGGAUAAACAGCCGAAGAAACCUGUCAAGGAGGUACCAUUAUCAGCUGGUGCUAAGGCAAUGCAGAAAGCUCUAGCAGCCAAGGCAGCCGGGUAUCAACCACCUUGUAAAACCCCGCCUCGACCAACUCUACCAGUGCUCCCCUCGAUAUCCCCUCCGGCCCCACCGAGCCCACCGGCUGUUCCUCAGUACCCUCCACCACCACUGCUGGAUGAUGCCUCGCAGAUAGAUAAGAAGGAAGUUGAGAGUGUCAAGGUUAGUGAGAAGGUAGCGACACCGACCAAUGCUACUGUUUCGAGUCCCGCACCUUCCCCGCCUCUAGCAUCAAUGCCCCCGCCUGGUCUCAAAGCACCGGUUGUUGAAGAUGAACCUCUAGAGGUCGAGGAACGACAUGAUGAUACCACACCUUUGUCAACAACAACGGCAACGCCGGUUGAGCCUGGUUUAGCGGUAUUGUUACGGAGCUAUGAGAAUAGGCCGAUGCCUGACGAUCUAUGCUGUAGUGAAGGAAACUACAUUCCGGCGAAUCCUAUACCGUCUAGUGCAGCGAGGAAGAGCCCUUAUCCUCAGCAACCGGUGAAUGACACGGAAUCGAUGUUUCAAAAGUUGUCUUUCGACACGCUAAUGUUUGUUUUCUAUUAUCGUCCUGGCAGUUACGCUCAGUACCUUGCAGCACGAGAGCUAAAGCGGAUGAGUUGGAGAUUCCAUAGCAGAUAUGGCACGUGGUUCAAGCGUCAUAGCGAGCCCUCAGUGGUGAACCCCAAGUUCGAGUACGGCACUUAUGUUUACUUUGAUUGCUACGCUGACGAGUGGGCGCAGAAGAUCAAGAAGGACUUCCAAUUCGAUUACUGUCAUCUGGAAGAUGAGCUUCCGGUGGCGCCUCGGAGAGAAGACAAUCGUCAUUAAGAUGAGCUUACCAGGGAGGGACAGAGGAGAUUCCAUUU